UUCCCCUCGUCCGGUCUCUACCUCGCACAACACACACCCAGACACUUUCACCAUCACAGCAGAAUCAUCCACAGCAAAGGCGUGCAACAGCAGAACCACGCUCAUCAUGUCUGGACUCUCCCAAACAGACCUCACAAAGGUCGCAACCGAGACAGCAGAAACCUUCAUCGACAACUACUACACGACUCUGUCCACCACCUCAUCCCGCAACAACAUCGCCAGCUACUACAUUCCACCCAUAGCAGGCUCCACUCCUUCCCGCAACCUUCCCAUCAUCAACUACAACGGCGAUGUCACCAAUGACCCUCAAGCCUUCCAAGCCAAGUACUCUGAAAUGCCAUGGGCGUAUUACGACGUGCAGAGUCUCAACAGCCAAAUCAUCAACCCUGCACUCGAUCCUGAAAUCGCAAAGUCGGGCAGGAAGAGAGAGAUGGAGAAGAACGUGAGCAUUGGUGUGCAGGUCAGCGGGUAUGUGAGGUUGAAUGAGAGGAAGGAUGGAGAGAUGAGAGGCUUCAGUGAGGAGUUUGUGCUUGUGCCGAAUAAGGAGAAGGGAAGAGACUGGUUGAUUCAGAUGCAAAACUUUCGGUUUGUGGUCUGAAAGUGCGGUUCGAGGAGUGAGGGAUGAAUGACUCGAUGUAAUGUGACCACGAGAGCAUGAAUCAUGGGAAUGUACUCGAGGCCUGCUGUUACUGCACGUGGCUGCGAGGUCGGAUGACUCUAUGGGAAUGUACUUGGGGAAAGAUGCUUUUGCUGAAUAGGACGCGAGGCCUUCUUUGACACGAGUUAAGCUGGUGAUGGUAAUUUCGAGACCGUGGACGAUAGCUGGACGAACGAGAUCAUGACGAUAGCUACGACCGAACUGGAUACCACUGAACUGGAUACCACUGCCAUGACUUUAGGAGCGGCUUGAAGUGAGUUCGUGUGGAAGACACCACUCACCAGAUCGCCCGACUCCAUGGACCCUCUUGUCGCGAUGCGUUCUGUCGCCAGUGUUCUGGCUCAGACGCGUGGCGUAGGGCUACGCUCGGCUCUCACGAUGUUGAGGCAUCACUGUAGUCAAGCGUGCAAGUAAGAAUUGUGCCUCACAUGAAUGGGACGUGCUCGUGCAGCGCCCCGUUGGAAUCGAACUAAAUCGCGAACCUCAAGAUGCAAAGAACCGCCGACUGAACGCGCCUGUGAACAUGGACCUGGACGAAGAACAAUGCGCUUUACCAGCACGACACCCGCACCUCACUGCCGUCCCGCAUCGGCGCCCGGAAAAUCCUCUCGCCGCCCGCAGCAGCACACA